AAUGAAAUUCUAUCGUCUGAACAAAUACCAAUGAUGCAGGCAUCUUCAAAUCUCCACUUCGAGGCUAUGAAUCUCGUGUCCACUACUAGCCAGGGCCCCUUACCCCUUUAAGCUGUCGAAACCGGUGCAUUUCAUCGAAAGAGGAAGGGUGCCCGGACGAAGGAUGGUUACUCGAGUAGGAUUCCAUGGAUGGCAAGAGGCACCAGGGCCUUACCCCGCACGCAGUCUUCCACUCGUUGAUCCUCCCUGUCGAUGGCCUGUCUGUCAUCUGCAGCGUGAGAAUCAUUUUUGGUAACAUUCUGUCAGAUGUCGUGUAACCAUUCGCGCGCAAGUAGACCAACGUUAUUUUGAAAUUCUUCCUAUAUGCUCGGUCUUCUGUAUCCAAUCUCUGUAUCAUAGAACGAGGUAUUUUUCGAAUAGUUUGUGCAUAUAUAUACUCCAUAUCUUCCACUACUAUGCUUCUAUACACCAGAAAGGCGCCUCCAAAAGUUCCUAAGAAAAGGUCAAGAGCUGGUAAGUAUUUGGUCUACUACUUUACAUAAUUGCAGCUAACAUUGGUUGUUAUAAAAGGUUGUAUAUAUUGGUGAGUUUCUUUUUUUCUUCAGCUGGUAUUCUCCUGUGCUCACUGUGUCCAUAGCAAGGAAAAGGUACGGAUCAUCAAGUAUCAAUCCACGCAAAUCCUUAACAACAACCGCAGAAGAAGAAAUGUAACGAGGUGCGUCCACGAUGCGAUCGAUGUACAGAUCGAGGUCUGCAAUGCGAAUAUGAAGCAGUAAAGCCACGGAAACGAAGAAGGGCGUCGUCUGCGGAAUCUGCACUUUCGCACGAAUUCGGCUCCCCGGGUUCUGAUCGUGAACAAUGGCCGCGACAGUAUUCACAAGGCCUCAACAUUAUUACAAAUAAAGAUGUGGAAAAUAUACAAGAUAAAUGGGAGGAAAAAACAAAAUAUCCAUUGUCUGCAAUCUCCGAACAGUCGAGUUUUACCUGGGGAAGCUUUUAUGAGAAUGACGACGAAGUGGAGGAGAUACCACGGGAAGACCUAUACGUCAAUUCUCCUCCCGCCGGCACACUCGUUCGAACACAAAGUCAAUACCCAGAUUUAGCAAUGAUCGCUCCUUCGCCGGUUGCUUCUCCUCUUCUCGCAUUUAGUUCACCGGUAUUUCUAGAAUUUGCAGAGACAAGAAAUCGCAGGGCUCUCGUGGAUCAUUUCUGCAAUACUCUAUCACAUCUCAUUGUCUUCAAAGAAGAUACGGGCAAUCCAUUCCGGCAACUUAUUCUACCCUUGUCCCAUGCCAGUUCACCGGUAAUGAAUGCGAUGUACGCACUGAGCAGUGCCCAUAUGGAAUAUAGGGGAGUGGAAAAUGAGGAGAAAUCUCUAGAUUUUCACAACAACGCUUUACAAGGGCUGGCAAACCUCAUUCAACAAAACGAUAAGGCAAAUAGGGAAGAAAUACUAGGCGCAAUUAUGUUACUUGUUUACUAUGAAGUGGUAAGUGAUAUUACCUUUGGAAUUAAUUGUUGUGGCGCAAACUGACCACACUUUAGCUUGUACAACGCGGUAACUCCAGUAUUGUACAUGGCCAUCUGAAAGGAGCGAUGACAAUUAUGAGCUCUAGACAUGAAGAGCCGACUCCGACGAGCAUAUUUCUCGAGCGGGUACGUUCUCCACAAUCAAUACCUGAGCUCAUUUCUAACUGGACUAGGCCUUUCGGUUUUACGAUGUCAUUACGGCUCUUUCUUUAGGUACACCUCCAAAUAGUACGACGCAGCCUACAACAAGUCCGUUCUCUUUUCCAAGUGUACCCGAUGACGAGAACAAAGAUUCACAAUUAAAUUUGGUCGACACACUCCUUGGACUAUCAACAGAACUAUGGCCAAUCAUUCAUCGACUUUCCCAUCUCCUUUCUUACAAAUCUUCUCUCCAGUCCGCCAUUGAAGAUGGUCUGUUGAGUAAGGCUAGUGUUUUACGGACUGAACUCGAAAGUACAUCUAAGGCUAUAGAAAUGGCUCUGACGAACUGGAAGCCAAGCUUCGUGGCUAAAGGGCCAUCCUCACCUAAGGAAAACGAAGCUGAAGAAGACACUUCUUCAAAGUAUGAUAUUGAUCUCCAGGAGGCACGUAUGCAAACUAUCCUCAACAAUGCUGAAGCAUAUCGUCACUCUGCAUUUGUAUACCUCUACCGUACCAUUCAUUCCCACCCCAGAUCCCAUGCUCUAGUUCAAAAACAUACAAAACUUUCCUUAAUUGCCUGCGCAAACGUCGUUGGCUUAGCGGAGAUGUGCAAUGAUGGACCAAUGUCUGCAUUAUUGUGGCCAUUAUUUGUAGCAGCAUGUGAAGCGGAAACUGAAAGCGACAGGGAAUUGGCGACGAAAGCUUUUGGAAAGACGGAAAGGAGACAAGGAAUGCGGAACAUUAUGCGCGCUUGGGAAGUGGUGCAAGAGGUUUGGAGGAGGGCCGACGAUGGCACAUAUGAGGAUGGAGAUUGGAGAGGGAUAUGUGAGAGUAGAGGAUGGAAUAUCGUUUUAGGGUAGAAGUGUGGUUUGUGCAGUCGAAGUCUCGCUGGUAUCAUGCGUUGAGGGUUUUGUCCCGGAUCAUGUUUUUGCUGUGACAGGCGAAACUAAAGUCAUGACCGCUCCAUGUUCGCCGUCUAGUCUACCAGUCGUGGAAAACCGCCGAGAAAUUUUUUCGAAGUGGCGCUUUAGAGACUUUCGUUUGGCGCACACAUAACAUGAUCACCUACUUUGGCUAUAAUUAGCCUAGGAAUCUUUGGAACCAAAAAGUUUGGUUGUGCUUGUUGAUUGACGGGCGAAAGCAAGAACCAAUAUCAACAUUACCUAGAAGAAACCGACGAAUCGCAAAUCAUCAAUGAGGCAGCACCUGGAGCUGAGUUCAUCUAUUAGAAUCAAGAAUGGGUGGGUGUUAUGUGUGUAUGAAUGAUAUUUAAGAACAAUUGUGCUUGGUCAAUUUGGGAAUAUGCAUGGUAUGGAUGGAUGGGUGGGUAGGUGGGUGGAACUGGCAUCAUUAGCAUGGGAAAUGGAGAUGGGAGAUGCAUUUACCGUUGUAUGUAAUCUUAUAUUAGUUGUGGUGUUGAUGGAGUGGAUGGAGUGGAUGGAGUUGAUGGAUGGAUGGAGUGUAAAUAAAAAAGAGUGGAAAAUGAAAUUUGAAAUUUGAAACCCAAGCGGUAUUGCAGAUCGGAUAAUA